AUGGGUCGAGUUUUCAUCGUGCCUAAGGGAGCUGGGUACUAUCCAGAUCAUGAAACUACAAAAGCUAUACUGGAUGUUGUUCGGAGGCUUUAUGAUGAUCGAUUUUAUACUAUAUGGGGUGAAAUUCCAUAUGAUACUCGACAGACUAUAUUUAAAGAGUUUAACAUGUUAUGUAGGUGGGAUCCAACACACAAUGAAAGGGUUGUUGUGAACUUUGAGAAGAAAGGAAGUGCAAGGUUGUCUGGCUGGUUUUCGACGACUAGAAAGCAUAUGAAGAAGCCCCAAUGGCUAACCGACGGACAGUGGGAGCAACUUAAGGCAUAUUGGCGAACUCCUGAGUUUAUCGCCGAGUUUGAGCAGGCAAAGACUGCCCGUGCGUCCCAGAAAGGUGGCUCUUUGCACACUGUAGGUGCAAAAAGUCAGGGUCAUGUGGCUAAGAUAAUGAAAAAGGAUACGGGACAGAUGCCGACUCAGGAUGAGCUAUUCCUAAAGACCUACGCAAAAAAUAAGAAGUCAGAGUCAGAUCCGAUUGAAUGGGUUGAGAACAGGGCCCGGAAUUCUUACAAUCCAUUUAUGCAAGAAGUAAAGCAAUACAACCAAACUCAGCCUGACCAGUCGAGCCAUCCUCCACCGGAAUUAGAGGUGUGGCUGCAACAAUUAGCUGCUGCUUCAAUGUCUUUUCUCCAACAGCCUGAGGCAAACUUUCAACCAUUAGUCUUAGCAUCAAUCUUCCUGCUACUUGUUCUGAGGUUCCUCUUUAAUAAAAACAAGAAAAGAUAUACCAAACUCCCCCCAAGCCCUCCAAAGUUACCCAUUAUUGGCAACCUUCAUCAACUAGGAAAUGCACCUCACAAGUCCCUGCACUGCCUUGCAAAGAAUUUAGGCCCAAUCAUGUACCUAAAACUCGGCGAAAUACCAACAAUAGUAGUGUCAUCUGCAAGCAUAACAAAAGAAGUAAUCAGGACUCAUGAUCUUGCUUUCGCAACUCGGCCUCAGAUAUAUUCAGCCAAACAACUAUUAUACAAUUGGACUGACAUUGGCUUUGCACCAUGUGGUUCUUACUGGAGACAGAUGCGUAAAAUUUGCAUACUCGAGCUACUUAGCACAAAGCGAGUGCAAUCCUUUUCUCUCAUUAGAGAAGAGGAAGUUGCUCGUCUUGUACAUCGGAUUACAGAAUCAUACCCUGGCACCACAAACUUAAGUAAAAUACUAGCUCUGUAUGCAAACAAUGUCAUUUGUCGUGUUGCUUUUGGGAAGAUUUUCACAGAAGGUGGAGAUUAUGAACGUCACGGGUUUCAUAAGUUGCUUGAUGAAUUCCAGGAACUUCUCGGCGGAUUAAGCAUUGGAGAUUUCUUUCCUUUGAUUGAAUGUAUUAUACAGAGACUAACAGGAUUGAAAUCGAGACUAGAAGACACCUCCAGUCGCUUUGAUCAGCUUCUUGAUGAGAUAGUGGAGAAUCACAUUAGAUCUGGAAAUGAGAAAGAUCAUAAGGAUAUUGUCGAUGUUUUACUUGAAGUACAGCAGAAAGCAGAUCUUGAAGCACCUAUUACAAUGGAAAAUGUUAAAGCAGUCAUCUCGGACAUGUUUGCUGCAGGAACUGAUUCAACAUUCAUUACAUUGGAUUGGGCAAUGGCAGAGCUGUUGAUGAAUCCAAAAGCAAUGGAAAUAGCACAAACAGAAGUGAGAAAUGUUGAGGGCGAUAGAAGCUUUGUGUCAGGAAGCCAUUUGCCUCAAUUGAACUACAUCAAAGCUAUCAUAAAAGAAGUCUUUCGGUUGCGUCCUCUUGGUCCAUUACUAAUUCCAAGAGAGUCCACUGCAGAAAUUACCAUAGAGGGAUAUACUAUUCCUCCCAAAACAAGGUUUUUAAUCAACGCGUGGGCUAUAGGAAGGGAUCCAGAUAUUUGGAAAAAUCCUGAUGUAUUUAAUCCUGAUAGAUUUAUUCGUAAAGACAUUGAUUUUAAAGGGCAAGAUUUUGAGCUUAUACCAAUUGGCGUUGGUAGAAGAAUUUUCCCUGGUAUUUCAUUUGCUAGCGUGAAUAUUGAGCUAGCUUUAGCUCAACUUCUUCACAGCUUUGAUUGGGAACUUCCCCCAGGUAUCGAAGCUAAACAUAUGGACACGACAGAAGCUUUUGGAAUAUCAAUGCCCAGGAUAUCUCCUCUUAUCCUGAUUGCCAAGCUGCACUUUCCUGGAUUAGAGCUCAAAUUGGACUCACCAGAUUUUGAGCUUAUAAUCGAAUUUAGUGCAGCUUUGGAUAUCUUGGGAGAAUUUCGCCAAUUUGAAUAUUGCAUGCAUGGAAAAUACAGAGCUGCUAUGAUCAGGUCUGCAUUUCUAACCCCUGUUGGAAAUCACUAA